UCCAAACAACAAGACGACUGUCGGCCUCCUUAGUGUUUUUCGCGCCGACCUCACUCGCUCUGUCUCUUAACCUAACGUCUCUUGCUCUCGUCUUUACCCUCGCAACUCUGUCUAUCUCUCUCUCUCUGUGUGGCUACCGGCAUCGGAGCUGGGCUUCAACCCUACAGAUGGCCGUAGAAAUGGGGGCGCCGAGUGCUGCCGGAGAUUGGUCGUCGGAGAUGGAGGUCGAUGCUUUCAGACGCCUCUUCCCUCUUCGCUACUACGAGAGGCAUCUCUCCGAAUCGAUACGCCCCGAUGCCAGACCCCUCAAAAGAGCCAGAGAUACAAUUGUGUCCCUCGAGGCUGUUGCAUCCUCUGAUGGGUCCGCACUGGCAAAGAUUGGUUCCACUACAAUGUUGGCUGCUAUAAAAAUGGAAGUCAUGACUCCUUCUGUUGAUUCGCCUGAUGAAGGCAGUAUAGCGGUUGAGUUCCAUAUGCCCCCUAUAUGCUCUCCGGUCGUGAGGCCAGGUAGGCCUGCUGAGGUAGCACCGGUGAUAUCGAAGCAACUUUUUGACUCUUUAGUAAGCUCUGGGAUGAUUGAUCUGAAGGAGCUAUCCCUGAUCAAAGGAAAAGCAGCUUGGAUGGCAUACUUGGAUAUAUAUUGUCUUGAUGCUGAUGGUGCUCUUUUUGAUGCUGCAUUGCUUUCAGCGGUUGCUGCAUUUACUCAUUUGCGUAUCCCGGUGGUUUCUUUGAGUGAUGAAGGAAGAAUGGUGGUGGUCUCCAAGGAACUUGAGGGUGAAAAGUUGGAUAAAGAACCUGUCGACAAAGAGAGGAGAAAACUCUCGUUGAAAAGCAUUCCGUUUUCCCUGACAUGCAUUCUUCACAAUAACUACAUCUUGGCGGACCCUACUUUCGAAGAAGAGUCCAUAAUGGAAACGUUCAUAACCGUGGUUUUGAAUUCAUCUGGUCAACUUGUCUCUCUCUAUAAGCCAGGUGGACCGGUUCUUGCACAUACAUCAGCUAUUCAGGAAUGCAUUGCAUUGACAAGGCAAAGAAUGAAGGAACUUCAGGAGAUUAUAGAUGAAGCCAUCUCUAGCAUGGAGAUUGAUUAGAAUUUAUAUAUGUGUUUGUGAGUUUGUUCUGAUCGAUUGCUGCUUCUAAUGGCAUUUAAUCAUUUUCUGUCUAUUACUGGGGGUGUUAAUUAAAAUGCAGAGGGAAGUUCAUGUGAAGCUUCUGUAUUAACUAGGAAAUGGAAACAUCAAGGACAUCGUGGUUCAGGUGUCUUCUCGAGCUAUUAAGUUCCGGUUUGCUUGCGAUCUGAAUGUUCACAAUGGGCCACAAAAUAGCAGAAAGACAGCAUGGGAGUUUUGAGAACUUGAACUGAGACCUGAUGGAAACUGGUUAGAAACCCAGAGUUGAGAACUAUAAAAGAUUCAUCCUUUGCAUGCACGUGUUUCUCUAUUUCGUCA